UGUGUGGCUGUAAGCAUAUCUUGUAGUCAGAAAAAAUUAACCACGCCACCAAAAUAUGUCUUCUUGUCGUGCAAUUGUCAACUAAACACUGGUCAUUCAUGGCAUUGCAACACUACCUUCAUCUUCAUGCAUGCAAAAACGUCCCAAUCUAUAGCCGGAUUUACAUGACAAAAUCCUCCGGUGAAAGGAAAGAGAGUUUCCAAGAAAUGGCGAGGCCUCCCGCAGAGCAAUUCGCUCCGUUGGCGUCAAAUUUUAGGCGGCGACUACUUGUUGGUAUUGGUUCAGCUUCCUUAGUGGCGGUCGGUGCAAAUUUUGGUGGAGUUACGAGUUUUCUACUUGGGUUAUCACCGGAAACUGGUCGGAAUCUUAAGCUUGAUGUGCUUUAUCCAAUUGGAGGGUAUAGCCGUUGUAUUCAAACUAAUGAAGGAUUCGAAUUCGUAUAUCCAUCAAAUUGGGUUGGAGAUCAAACGCUACUGUAUCGAGCAGUUGAGAAGAAAGAAUUUGAGAGGUCACUCGAUCUACCUCCUUUAAAUAAUAAUGUCAAAUUAAGUGAUCGGCGGCGCAACAAUGUAAAUGAACCAGUUGUUGCGUUUGGCCCGCCUGGUUCAAGUGGCGAGCUCAAUGUUAGCGUCAUUGUCUCACCAGUUCCUCUUGAUUUCUCGAUCGAAGCCUUUGGCGGACCAAAGGAAGUGGGUGAAGCAUUGGUGAAGACGAUCACGGCAUCCCGUCGACGGUCAGACCUAGAAGGAACUUUGAUAAAAUCAAGCUUGAGAGAGAAUCCUUCAAAGAAUGUCAAUUACUUUGAGCUGGAAUUUAGAGUUGAAAGCCCCUUGUUUCAGAGGCAUAAUGUAGCUGUCUGCUGUGCUCGUGGCGGCAGGUUAUAUACCUUAAAUGCUCAAGCACCGGAAUCUGCAUGGCAAAAUAUCGAACCGGACUUUCGCAGAAUUGCAGAAUCAUUCAGUCUAGUGUCUUGAUAUAACAUUUAGUAUGAAAUAAUAACAGAAACACUCACAUCGCACAGGCUAUCUAGUUUUAAACGAUUUGAUGUUUCUGGACAGCUAGUUCCGAGAAGUUUCCGGUUUAUAGCAGUAAAAGCAAUAUGAUAUCCAGGCAUAUGCUGAACUAUUCUCUUUCA